CCCUUCCUAUCCCGUUCGAAAACACCUAAUCCCUUUUCUCACUGCUCAUUUCUCUCUCUCUCUCUCACUCUACUCUCUUCUCUCUAGAUCUAUUACACCUCUCUCUCUGUAAUGGCCACCAUCAAGUCCGUCAAGGCCCGUCAGAUCUUCGACAGCCGUGGCAAUCCUACCGUCGAGGUUGAUGUGCAUCUAUCCAAUGGAACCUUUGCUAGAGCUGCUGUUCCUAGUGGUGCAUCCACUGGAAUUUAUGAGGCUCUCGAACUGAGAGAUGGUGGAUCAGACUACCUUGGCAAGGGUGUAUCAAAGGCCGUUAACAAUGUCAACAGUAUAAUUGGACCUGCCCUCGUUGGAAAGGACCCAACUGAUCAGACCGGUAUUGAUAAUUUCAUGGUUCAGCAACUCGAUGGAACUCAGAACGAGUGGGGUUGGUGCAAACAAAAGCUUGGAGCAAACGCCAUUCUGGCUGUGUCUCUUGCGGUGUGCAAAGCUGGAGCUGCUGUCCUCAACAUCCCAUUGUACAAGCACAUUGCCAACCUAGCUGGCAACAAGAAGUUGGUGCUCCCAGUUCCUGCUUUCAAUGUCAUCAAUGGUGGAUCACACGCAGGAAACAAACUUGCCAUGCAGGAGUUCAUGAUUCUUCCUGUUGGAGCUUCUUCUUUUAAGGAAGCAAUGAAGAUGGGUGUAGAAGUAUAUCACCAUUUGAAGGCUGUUAUUAAGAAGAAAUAUGGCCAAGAUGCCACCAAUGUUGGAGAUGAGGGUGGCUUUGCUCCCAAUAUCCAGGAGAACAAGGAAGGUCUUGAACUGCUUAAGACAGCCAUUGCUAAAGCAGGUUAUACUGGAAAAGUUGUCAUUGGGAUGGAUGUUGCUGCAUCUGAAUUUUAUGGAUCAGACAAGACUUAUGAUUUGAACUUCAAGGAAGAGAACAACAAUGGGUCACAAAAGAUCUCAGGUGACCAGCUCAAAGAUCUUUACAAGUCAUUCGUGUCUGAGUACCCUAUUGUAUCAAUUGAAGAUCCAUUCGACCAGGAUGACUGGGAGCACUACGCAAAGCUUACCAGUGAAAUCGGUGCUCAAGUGCAGAUUGUGGGAGAUGAUCUCCUUGUCACCAACCCCAAGAGAGUUGAGAAGGCAAUCAAGGAGAAGACCUGCAAUGCUCUUCUUCUCAAGGUUAACCAAAUUGGAUCCGUGACUGAGAGUAUUGAAGCCGUAAAAAUGUCUAAGCAUGCUGGUUGGGGUGUAAUGGCCAGUCACCGCAGUGGAGAGACAGAGGACACUUUCAUUGCUGAUCUCUCUGUUGGAUUAGCUACGGGCCAAAUUAAGACCGGAGCUCCUUGCAGAUCAGAGCGUCUCGCAAAAUACAACCAGCUUUUGAGGAUCGAAGAGGAACUCGGUUCAGAAGCAGUAUAUGCAGGAGCCAGCUUCCGUGCACCUGUUGAGCCCUACUAAACCUGCAUGAGUUCUGCUGGCAAUGAUGUGCUUGAGGGAUGGAGCCCCACUGUGGCUUAAUAAUGUCUUGCGUAAAACGGGUUGUGUUUGGACAAUCGGGACCUGUUUGUAAUAAUCAAAAAAUUUUGUUUUGACCUUUGGUGAGUCAUAAACUUGGAUGUCUUUAAGGCUGAGGAUGUUAAAAUCUCUUUUCUUCUAGAAUUUGGUAAUGCAACUUUCUGUCUUACGAAUCUGUUGCCUUGCAAAUUGUCACUUGUUGGGGAUCAUCGGUUGCCAACUCUUUAUCUAUUCUGAAUUAUAACUUGAGAUA